AUGGACCCUGUGCAUUUUACACAAAAGACUUAUCAAAUUUCCUCAGGUUACAAAAUGCUUAAUCAGAUGCAAGAAAGGUUCCAUUGGAGUAAAGAAGUCUGGUGCAGGUUUAACAUCCCAAAGCAUAGCUUUGUGCUUUGGAUAGCAGUACAGGAUAGACUCAAAACCAGAGAAAGACUUCGAAGGUUCAACAUAUCAGAAGAUUCAUCUUGUAUCCUCUGCAAUGGAGCAGAAGAAACAGUGGUCCAUCUGUUUUUCGGCCGCUCAUUCUCUCAGGAUUGCUUACAACAAUUGAAGACUUGGCUGGGUUGGAAAGCUCAUACAGAAUCGUUAAAGGGACUUCUUAGGUGGAUAGACAGGUCCAAGAGAAGCAAGUUUCAGAAGAAAGUCUUGGCUGCAUCUGUUGCCUCGCUGGUUUAUCACUUAUGGCAGGCUCGGAACAACAAGCUCUGGCAAUCAAACAUUGUAUCUCCCAAGUUGUUAGUUCAGGAAGCAAAGUGGCAAAUUAAAACUAGGAUAACUUGUAUUAUGCCUAAGCAUGUAGAUCACGUUGAUAAGACAUGGUUUGACUUAUUAUAA